AUGAUGAAGACGAAACAUUACGUCAAUAUUGUUAAAGCCGACGGUGGAGCCGUAAGUAGUAGCGGCGUUUUUGGUAGUCCAGGAGUGGCUGAUCUAUGUGCGACAGCCGUUGGAGGUGGUAGCGGUCCGAGUAGCGGUGGUGGAUUUGGUGGUGUUAGUGGCUCUGGCGAAAACCAGAAACAGAAACCGUCGUCGUCAUCUGCUGCUGAAUUGUCGUCAUCCUCGCCGUCGAUCUUACCAAAAUCUGAUAUGUCGUUGAUGCAGCAACCACAGCAACUACAGCAGCACAAGCAGCCGCUACACCAGAAACAUUCUCUGCUAACCACCAACCCAGUCAAAUCGCCACCUCCAGUACUACCAACAUCCCAACCACAGCAACUUCACCUGCCACCAACGACCACCAAUUUUAACAAGAAUAGAGACAAAACUAAACAGAAGCCGGUUUCUGACCGGGGUAGCGGGUCGGAAAGCCCGAAAAAUUGUGCCAAACUUUUUGGGAAGGGUGAGCUACUCGAUUUUCCAUCUUACAAAAAAAUGCUAAAGAAGAUGACGGAGAAUCAAGAGGAGAUUAAGCCCAUCGAUGUCGUCGCCCUCAACAUUUUCAGGUUUUUGUGA